AUGAUUUGUACGAUUUACUGUAUUGAUGUCAAGCUCGAAUGUACGGAUAAUCAGAAUGUCGAUUUGGUCGUUCGGAGUAGGAGGUGGAAGAUGGGUUUUGUUUGA